AUAAAGAAGCAGCAGCACAAAAACCUAGCCAAGAAGAACCUGGAGAUGCAGAUAUUUGUAGUGAUCUAAAAGAUGAAGAAUUCACAGAUGAGAAACAUGAAUCUGAGUUUAGCUUGGAAACCAAUUUUAUAGAAGAAGAGACUGCAGACCAGAAAGAAAGCUGUUCUUCUGUGGAAGCUGCAAAAGAUCCAUUUAAGCACCACAUGGAUGAAGAACUAAACAAAAAAGAUGUAGAUAAAAUUGUGGCACGUUCCAAAUCUACCAGCCAGGUCAAGUGGCCAGUACUGGGUCAGUUAGUGUUUUCUUGCACCUUGGAGAAGUUUGGAAUGAUUAAGCCUGAUAAAGAAGUCAGUGUGAAACACCUUCAUUUGCACAGGCCUUUAGAAAUCACCUGGCCAAAAGUGAACAGCCUGUUCCUUUCCAAACAACCUAAAUCAGAAGGUCAGCCAUUUACCCCACUGCAAAAGGAACUCUUCUGCAUUAUGAAUUCAUACAAGGACUUGUUCUACCCAGAGAGGACUGCUUUAAGAAAUGCGGAAGAAAUUCGUCAUGUUUACUGCCUGCAUGCCAUGAACCACAUCCUGAAGGCAAAUGCUCAGGUGCUCAGCAACAAUGCCAAACGAAGGGACCAAAAACAAGGUGUUGAGGAUGAUGGAUUCAGGGACCAAGGACUCACAAGACCAAAGGUGCUGAUAGUGGUGCCCUUCCGUGAGUCUGCUUUACGUGUGGUGCAAGUUUUCAUCGGCCUCCUUGAAUCUGCAAGUAAAAAGAAAAUUGAUGUGAGUAACAAAAAGCGGUUUAAGGGGGAGUUUGGUUCAAAUCCAGAAGAGAAACCUCCAAAUCUGAAAAGGCCAGAAGACUAUGAAGCUGUCUUUGCUGGAAACAUUGAUGACCACUUCAGGAUAGGUGUUGCUGUUCUUCAGAAGAGUAUGCGACUGUAUGCACCAUUUUAUUCUUCUGAUGUCAUCAUUGCUUCUCCUCUUGGCCUAAGGACUGUUAUUGGAGCUGAGGGGGAAAAGAAAAGAGAGUACGAUUUUCUUUCGUCAAUAGAAAUGCUUAUAAUUGAUGAAGCUGACAUUUAUCUGAUGCAAAAUUGGGAGCAUGUUUUGCACCUUCUGGCCCACAUUAACCUGCUGCCUUUGGAAUCUCAUGGCGUGGAUUUCUCAAGAGUGCGAAUGUUCAGUCUCAAUAACUGGUCCAAGUAUUAUCGGCAGACACUGCUGUUUGGAGCCCUUCAGGAUCCACAGAUCAACUCCAUCUUCAAUAAGCACUGCCUGAAUUACCGGGGACAGGUAGCAGUAAGGAACGUACCCUUGGUGGGUUCCGUCAGUCAUGUUGUUGUGCAGCUUCCUCAUGUUUUUCGGAAACUAGAAGCUGAAAAUUCUGUUUCUGUAAUCGAUGCAAGGUUCCAUUUUUUCAUUGACAAAGUGUUGCCUGAGUAUCGGGAUGCAGUUAUGUCACACACCCUCAUUUAUGUCCCAUCAUAUUUUGACUAUGUGCGUCUUCGGAACUACUUCAAAAAAGAGGACCUGAGUUGUAUGCACAUUUGUGAAUACACAAGUAAAUCAGGCAUUUCCAGAGCAAGGCACUUCUUCUUAAAGGGAGAGAAGCAGUUUCUAAUUUUCACAGAACGCUUCCACUUUUAUAAAAGGUACACAAUUAAAGGCAUCAGAAACCUUAUUUUUUAUGAACUUCCAACCUAUCCACAUUUCUACAGUGAGGUCUGCAAUAUGAUGAAGUUGGCAGACGGUGGGGAAGAAGCAACAUUGACCUGUACUGUGCUUUAUUCAAAAUAUGAUGCCCAGAAGCUGGCUGCUGUGGUGGGUGUUGAGCGGGCUGCUCAGAUGCUCCAGUCUUCCAAACAUGUGCACCUUUUUGUCACUGGAGAAACAGAGUGAAGCAAGAGAUGGACUCCCGUGAUGACUUUGUCUAAGAUUUUUGGGCUUGUGUUUCUUCUGUUACAAAUGUUAGGAGA